UGAGUUGAGAACGAUAUCACAGCCCAGCCAGAUGGGUAUCUAUAUUAGCGUGUCUUUCUUUACUCUACAAAACAGCAGUACAUACUGUACAUACAUGUAGAGGAUUCUGGCAGUCGUGAAUUUUAACCGGUGUUUUGGAUAAAUACAUACAUAAUCUGCCAUUCAAAUGAUAUACCUAUAUGUUGUCACGUGGUGGAUUGGUGACAAAACGCCAGGGAGUAGGUAAAUAUAUAUACAUGUAUGUAAGUAGGUAGGUAGUAAGUCUACCGAGUAUGGAAUGGUCGGGCGCUUUCGGACUUUUACCUUUAACGGGAGAUUAAUCCUUUCAUGGAGCGCUGUACAUUUCACAGGUACAAAUUUACAGGUAUACAGUUUUCGUGUCCUGUUUAAACCGCUAUGUCAGGUGAGAUUGUCGUACCAAGUAUUGACGCUCACUCGUGUGUACAUACACUCAACACCGUAGUAGUCUUAAGUAGGAAAUCGACGUGGAGAAAAUGAUUGGAAACGUAAGUUAUUCUUAUUUCGGAGGAGUUAAUGUAAUUCUCCAGUGAAGACGGACGUAUCAGUGCCAGUAUGUAACUAUCCGAUCUAGGUGUUCGCCCCUCCAGGUCCCGUGGGGUCGGGGGCUGUACAGGUAAACCACACGGUAUACCUACAUAGUAUACCGUCGAAAGCUGUGAUAAUUCAAUUUAAUUUAAAACUGUUGUGUGGGAUUAUUUCUAUUUAUUGUGAGCGAAUUCGUUUAUAAAAGGUGUUUUCGUUGGAUUUGAACCGAUUCCAUUUAAGAUGUCUGUGUCGACAUCUUUGGAGUCGUCCCAUGGGAGUUGUGACCCUAACGGGACAAAUGGGGGCACGAACACACUCCUGGUCCUGCAGCUGAAGCCAAUCGCUACCUUUAAGACUAACGAUGAAUACCUGUAUGCUAUGAAGGAGGAUCUGGCCGACUGGUUUACCUGUUUAUACAAACUCACUAUCACUGUGGAUAAUUUCUUUGAGGUCCUGGAGACAGGUGUGAUGUUGUGUGAACACGCUAAUAAAGUCCGUCGAUAUGCCACAGAGCGUACCCAGAAAGGGAUCCAAACAGAAAUGCAUUCUAAUUUCGUCCGCGACCUCAAAGUGCCCAAAUACGAGGUACAGUACCGUACGGACGUCCGUCCCCAAACCUUCCAGGCCAGGGAUAACAUAUCACAGUUUAUAACAUGGACUAAACAUUUAGGAAUUCCGGAUGUGUUGUGUUUUGAAACCGAUGAUUUAGUGCUGAGAAAAAAUGAGAAAAGUGUAGUAUUGUGUCUCUUGGAAAUAGCUCGAGUUGGAGCGAAGUUAGGAAUGUUAGCUCCUACUCUAGUACAAAUGGAGGAGGAAAUAGACGAGGAAUUGGCUACAGGGGAACCUCCAAAACAAAUCAAAACAUGUGAUAUCAAAUCCCUCCACGAAAUGGUCCAAGAAUUGGCGGGGAGAUGUACUUGUCCAGUCCAAUUCCCGAUUAUAAAAGUCGGAGAAGGGAAGUACAAAAUUGGGGAUUCACAAACUCUUGUGUUUGUCCGGAUCCUCCGAAACCACGUGAUGAUCAGGGUGGGUGGGGGAUGGGACACCCUGGAACACUACCUGGACAAACAUGACCCCUGUCGAUGUGGCUUCGCAGGCCAUCGACAAUCCACGUCUCGGGUGGGAGGAACCCCGGCCCGACGGGCGAGCACCACCGCUAUCUCACAGUCCGUUCCUACAACUCCAAGAUCUCCUCGCAAAAUGUCUGUCCAACCGUCUUCAGUCUCGGCCAACCAAAGGCCCUCCUCUCCGGCACGCAUGCGUAGUAUGUCUCCUUCCCCGGCAUUAAGUCCCAGGAAAUACCCGUCCCAGCCUGUAAGGAAAGUUUCCAUGCCUAGUGAAUCUACUUAUAGUAAUCAAAUAUCGGACUCUUCUACUGGACAGAAAUCUAUAGGUAAUAACACGAGACGCAGCCAGUCACCAAUUCCGGCUAAAUUCCGUUCACCGUCUCCGGUUUCGUAUACUAAUAAGCACUCACAGGUAACAACAACAACAACAACGACAGGUGGUAGUCGAUCUCAGGUAUUACAGGUAACCAGACCUGCUUCUCCCGUCAAGUCAGCUGUGCCCGUCCCCCGGAGAUGUACGUCCCCCUCUCCGGCAAGGCGCUGUCUGUCCCCGGGCCCGUCUCGUCACUGCGUGUCCCCCGGGCCUAGCAGGAGGAACACGAGCCUAUCGACCCCUAGGAGUUCAAGGGUAGACGACAGACGACAGUUGCCACAACGGCCAAGUAUGGACUCUUCCGGUAACGACAGCGAGGAAACGGACGUGACGUCAGGCUCCACAUCAAACCAAAAUAACCUAAGUUUGGACCAAAUCAGUACCAUGACAUUGGACGAGUUCAAGAGUCUCUUAAAUAAUGCAUUAUCAGUUCCGAAUGGCAACACUUCGGAAGGAAGUCUAGACUCACCGAGAUCUCAAAGCAGUACGGACAGUUUUAAACACGCACACACAGGACGUUCAAAUAAGAAACCACCACUAGCUGAGACAACCCAGAAAUAUAGAGCGUGGUCAAAUAGAAAAGACGCUCCAAGAAGUUUCGAUACAGGGAACAGUGCUAGCAGACAGGAAAAAAUACUCAAAUCGACCCAAUCGUCAGACGAGUAUUACGAACUCGAUAGACCGCCUAGAAAAACGUCUGCGGUCACAAGACCGAAAACACCAGUCAGUUCUGUCCCUAGACCGAAAACCCCAGUCAGUUCUGUCCCUAGACCGAAAACACCAGUCAGUUCUGUCCCUAGACCGAAAACACCAGUCAGUUCUGUCCCUAGACCGAAAACACCAGUCAGUUCUGUCCCUAGACCGAAAACACCAGUCAGUUCUGUCCCUAGACCGAAAACGCCGGUGAGUGUCAAUUCUGUGUCAAGACCAAAGACACCUACAAGUCAGUUCCGGUCAACAAUGCCAGUGACUGUUUCUAGACCGACUACCGGGAGUGUACCUCGACCUUCACCGGGGGUCACGCGACAGGCGAGUGGGUCAUCGAGUACUGGACGACCUAAAACGCCAACAAGAUUUCAAAACAGUUGCGUAGAAUCAGCAAAUAGUUCGAAAGGAAACGUUACAAGACAUGUGUACGACACCAAACCUGAACAACGUUCAAAUUCACUGAACAGAACAUUUGGAGAACAAUCAAGGAAUGAAUUGCGUUCAAGUUCUCUGAUUGGGCUAGCGAGUGAUGAACACAACGAUAACUGUAUAAAUGAAUCUGGCACCAGAACUUCUAAAAGUGAUUUGUUCUCCGAUAUCCCUAGUUCUAGAAGUGAAAGAAUCGCUGAGAUCCGCGCUCGUUUGGCCGCGAGUCGAUAUGGAACGGAUUCAUGCAGCGUUACAUCUACAGCGCAACUUACGAGUUCAAAAAGCGCGCAAUACCGUAAGGAAAGUUUCGAUUCUACAACACAUGUUACUCCAAAACCCGAACAAACGUCACCUAAUGUGAGUUAUAUAUCAAUUACCAGUGAAGUUGCUGCGGAAGCUGAGUCAAGUCAGGACACAUAUUUCUCAAAAACAUAUGAAGCUAUGAGACAGAUGAGUUUGGGUAGUAUUGCUCCAAAACCAGUGACAAAUUCCGGAAGUGACUUUUCGUUAAGUGUGAGGUCAGAAGGAAGUUACCAAAGUUCCUCCGUAGAGCACAGUUACGGGUCAUCCCGUCAAAGUUCACUAUCAAGUGUAGAUUCGUCACCAAAAGAGGAAUUAACGCCGGUACUGAAAGAUAAAAUUAGCAGGACAAAAAGUCUCGAAGACAACCCUAUCAAAAAGGCACAGUCUGCUGUGGGAGAUGAAAUUCCUACCGUAUCUAAUAUGAAUUCUCCCGAGGAGAGGUUAGUGCGACCAUCCACCCCGGCUCGCCCCUCCACACCAUCUCUCAUCCCACGACCGUGUACACCAUUAUCCAGUUUAAAAGACUCGAUCAAUAUCUUGGAGAAACAGCCGGCGUAUGCCGGUCAGAAUCAUGUGUCGCAAACAAAUAGCGGCCGACCGCCUACGCCACGAAAAGCUACGAUAUUAGCUAAAUCUCCCUCAUCAGCAAACACAACCAAGACUUCUAAUGCAAGCAAUAACAAUUCCUAUACAAAAAUGUUCCUUGCAAAACGGUCCUCCACCCCCGGGCCCACCCCAAAUAACGCUUCUAUAACGAUUCCACGCAGAUCGCGAACUCCUGGUCCCGGAGACAGAGACAGGAGCUUCAGCAUGCCAUCGCAAAUGUCGAACACAGAUACUCCAACUGAUAGUUGUGGUAACAGCACGGAGGAUCUGCUACGAGCUCGAAAGGUUUCACAGAGUUUCGUCGCGCAGAGGAGGACGCGCACGCCCAGCAUUGAACACCGCUCUCUGAGCGAGGAGAAUUCUGUUGAAGGAGAAACAGUUUUAACCGUAAACAGGUCAAGUGGAAGACAUGUCUUGUCGGUAUGCGACGCAAAAGAGACUAAGACAACUCGGUCAAAUGGAGGCCGUAUUAUAGCAAGAGCGGCGUCGGCAUCUCAAAACCAGAAACCGCCUUCCGAUAUGGACAGAUCAAGAUCACGUGCACGAACUGUGACAUCAACUUCCCAAUCUCCUCGAAUGCGACCACGUAGCGUCGACCCAGAAUCUGCAGCCUCGAGAAAGGCAGAGGAAAACGUUCUUGUAGUUCAGCGAGGCAAGAAUGGUUCUCAUUUGGUGAGUAAUAGGACGGAGGCCUGGGUCGAAUCCGCCGCUAUAAACACAAAGGUAAAAACCUCGACCAAAUCUGUUCCUGCAAAGUCGGUGUAUAGACGCUGCAAAACGCCUAACCCGCGAGAUAUUCAUGAACAUGAGCUAGAGUCGCGCCCCCUGGAGGAGAUCAAAGCGGCGCUGUCUCUCCCAAUCAAUGGCUUGAAAGAGGUAGACCUCGAUGACCUUGAUGCUCCACCAGAGGACGCUGAUGCGUAUGCUAAGAUGGACGAACUAUUCCGACGGCUGAAGGCCAAGGAGCUCAGAGCAUCUGUCAACGAGACUCCCGGUGGCCACGGUUACCUGACGAAGAAAGUUACUACCGAACAGGACGACUCGGAUGUUGCUAGUGGCGACGUAUGUUCUCUUGACAGCAAUGAAAACGUAAAACGGAAAAGUUCAAAGUCGUCAUAUAAAAGUACAUCAUCAACUAGUAACCGUGGUUCAGCAGUCUCAACUCCAUCUCAACCAAAACCCCCAUCAGUUGCACAAAAGGAUUCAGAACACCAGUUGACAAGGGCCAACUCAAUGCCACCGCGGCCAACCACUCCCACGCGUUCUUCCAUCUCACGAAAGUCAAGUUCUAAUAGUGUACAUUCUGCGCCUGCACCGGAAACAAAUAUCAAACGUAGUAUGUCGGACCAUACAAGCAUGUUGGUGUCGAAAAUUAAGGAGCUUAUCAAUACGAAACCGAGGAAGGACGAAAAAACUGGACCUAGAUCCAAAAUCCCAGCACCGAAGUCACUAUCCGCAGUAGGGAAAUCAAAAUCUGUUUCCAAUUUAACAUCCACUUCCAAUUUUGAAAAUAUUUCUCAAAAUAAAGUGAUUUCAAAUGGGGAUUUGUCACAGACAUACGAGUUUAGUGAUGACGUAUGUGGUGAAAUAUCAAAAUAUUCUUCCCAUGAUCAGUUUGAUUAUGACGGUAGCAUGGGCACGAUUCGGAACGGUACAGAAACGCCGGUUCCAAAAUUAUCCACUCCUCUGACAACAGGAAGGAAAGAGUUUCUGAAUAAUCAAAGAGAGAACACUCGGACACUUGUCCGGGCAGUAUCUAUAGGGAGUCUGUCCACUUCGUCUAACACCUUGUCAUGUAACAUCUGUGACGACGACGAGUUUGUGUGAGGUUUAGACACUUGCGUUAUAUUAAAUUGUUAAAUUCCGGACUGUUCAUUAUAGCGAUCACUGCUGUUGAACGCUUUCCCGCUUGUGUUGUGUCACUUUUGAAGGAAACCAAACUGUGGUUCUUUAAGAUGAAUCAUCACUUGUUGCCAUGCUCUAAGAGCUACAAACCAUUAGGACGUGUCAUGUUGGUACUGAAAGAAACAAAAGCAUUAUAUACUUAUCCCAACGUCUUUUAGUAUUGUUUAGACUUUAAAGGGAUAUUUUGCACACGACUGACUGUUCUGUACCGUUUGAGAGCUCAUUCGAAUGACUUUUAAUGCUAUUGUCAGCUUCAACAUAUCUAUUCUGUGGUCAUUUGGGGCAAGCGGAAUCAGAAUAUCCCCGGCCAGUAAAGAAUUAGACAGUGUAAAUGCAGGUUCACUCGAUGAUAUAUCUUAUAUAUAGUACUGGAUAUAGAUGUGUGUAUGCUGUUCACUUAGGAUUUCUGCUUGGGUCGCAUUUUCAUUGCUUCAUCAAACUUACUUCAAAACGAUUUUAAAAUGUAUACAUAUAUGUCACAAGAUUAACAUAUGCAGAUACUUUUGUACAAUUAUUUUAUUAGAUUGUGCGGCAUAUACCUUAAACCAUUCUAUAUAAAGCCCCCCCCCCCCCC